ACUUAUAAAUAUUAAUCAUGGUACGUGACGAUCAUGGAGUGUUACGUAGCAACUUCAACACAACCUAAUUAUUAUUUAUAAGCAUAACCUUCGCAAUAGUAUGAGUGUGAUUUUCAGCAGGACAAUCAUGAAACAGGAUGAUGGCAACCGGCGGCGGUGUUGUCUCAUGCAGUAUGAGAGGAAAAGCGCGAGCUGUGUGGUCGUGCACGCGUUGAAGCAUUAAUACCGAUUAUAUUUGUGUAUUUCUGUCUUGGAUUAGCGGAAUAUAUGACAGACACACAAUCCCUUCAGGACAUGUGAAUGAAGGAAUGAGACGGUGCUUCUGAAGACGCUGGAGUUUCAUUCAGUGCUGAUUUAUGUUCUCGAGCUUUAAACGUCACAUCAUCAGAAUGAGAGAUAUAUGACGCGAUUUAGCAGCGAUGGCCAGUGAACCCCUGGAAGGUUUUCAUGAGGUGAAUCUGGCGUCACCCACCACUCCAGAUCCUCAUGGCAGUUGUGAGCCGACUCCACCGAAGCACAACGCUCCACCCAGUGCCCUGUACCGCACACAUUCUCUGACCUCCAAUGCUCUGAUAGUGGACCAGCUACCCACACAGCCCGUGUACUCCACCCUGCGACACCUGACCUCAGAUGACACUCACAACUGCAGUGGACAUGAUCCUGCAGUCUGUGUGGACGGCGGUGUCCCGUCAUGUGACGCAGAUGAUGUUCUGAGCGUGAGCACUGACAGUCUUUCACAUCUCAGGAGUCCAUCAGUGAUAGAAGUGAGAGAGAAGGGCUACGAGAAACUGAAGGAGGAGCUCUCCAAAGCACAAUGGGAGCUUAAGUUAAAAGACGAAGAGUGUGAGAGACUUUCUAAAGUGAGAGAUCAGCUGGGGCAGGAGCUGGAAGAUCUCACUGCGAGCCUGUUUGAGGAAGCUCAUAAGAUGGUGCACGAGGCGAAUCUGAAGCAGGCCACUGCAGAGAAGCAGCUGAAGGAAGCUCUGGGAAAGAUUGAUGUUCUGCAGGCAGAGGUGUCCGCUCUGAAGACGCUGGUUCUGUCCACCUCACCCACCUCACCCUGUAAAGAGAUGCCACCUGGACACAAAGCCCCAUUUAAGAAAGGCCACACUCGCAACAAGAGCACCAGCAGUGCCAUGCUGGGCAGCCAGGAGAUCGCACUGACACUGCCCAUUAUACGCGAGUCCAAAGAGGUGGACAUACUGCUCUUCACUGAGUUUAAAGUUUGGAAAGAAGAACCAACUCUAGAGAAGAGCUGCUUGUUCCUGGAGCGCAUCUACAGAGAGGACAUUUAUCCCUGUCUGACAUUCUCUAAGAGCGAGCUGGGCUCAGCGAUUCUAGAUGCGGUGGAGCAGAACACAUUGAGCGUGGAGCCGGUGGGCUUUCAGACACUGCCGGUGGUCAAAGCGUCUGCCGUCGAGUGUGGAGGACCCAAAAUGGCACAAACCGUCGUGAAGUGUGCCCUCUGUGGUCAAACCAAAACCUGCAAGCACAGAAUCAAGUUUGGUGACUCCAGCAACUAUUAUUACGUGUCUCCGUUCUGUCGCUAUAGGAUCACCUCCGUAUGCAACUUCUUCACAUACAUCCGUUACAUCGUUCAAGGACUAGUCAAACAGCAAGAUGCAGAGCAGAUGUUUUGGGAGGUCAUGCAGCUACGGAAGGAGAUGUCCAACACCAAACUAGGUUACUACAAAGAUGAACUGUGAAUGUUAUCUGACCCUAACCCUCCGGGUCCUUUACAUGGACUUCACCCGUCCUGUUAAAGAGGCUGAAGCCACCACACAGAGGACAUGAAAUGUGGAGCAGCAGUUUGCUUGUACAGAAACCAUACAAAAACAUGCAUUGAUCUUUCUGGAGAAUCUGUAUUUCAUUCUACCAAUGAAAGUUGAAAACACAUAAAUAAAGCUGUCUCAAAGUCUUUGACGAUGAAAUGCAACAAUUAAAUGCUAGCUAGUGGUGUGUUGUGUUUGUGUAUGGGGAAUGUUCUCUCCCUCUGUGUGUGUGUGUGUGUGUGUGUGUGUGUGUGUGUGUGUGUGUGUGUGUGUGUGUGUGUGUGUGUGUGUGUGUGUGUGUGUGUGUGUGUGUGUGUGUGUGUGUGUGUGUGUGUGUGUGUGUGUGUGUGUAUCCCCUAAUAAGUCUCCAAACUCAUUUUGCUUCUUCAUUUUUAUUUGAGUGCCUUUCUGAAAUAAAGUUUGACACAUCCAGAGGAGAAUAAACACUUCUGUUUGUCCUGGUGACCUCGUAACC